AUGAGCCUUGCAACCGGGAACUCAGCCCUCUGGAUGUUCUUGGAGCCACUUAAUAACUGGGAUACCCAGUAUAGCUGGGGUUCGGCCGCACUAGCAUACUUGUAUCGUCAGCUUGACUUGGCGUGUCGGAGGAAGGGAGGUACAUCCUCAUUGUCUGGGUUUGUUUGGAGCCUAUCCGUGUGGAUGUGGGAGCGGAUCCCGGUUGGACGGCCCGAUUUGAAGAACCCCCUCAUGGCAAACCCACAGGGUAAUCAUGACGGGUUGCAUGAUGAUGAUCCAUAUCGGCGCCCUACGCUUGCUUACUAUUGGGAACAAGUGACAGUGUACACAGGAAGCUCGCAUGUGCGAUACAAGUGCUAUAUGAACGAGCUGGACACCUUGACUGCUGAGCAGGUACAUUGGUUGCCUUAUGUGGAAGAUCGUGACUUUGAUCUUAAUGAGAUGUGCACGCGUGAUAGCCAUCUUUGGCGGGCGAGGUGCCCAAUGAUAUGCUUCUUCGCAGUCGAGUGGCACUUUGUAGACCGUGUGGCAAGACAAUUUGGAAAAAGACAAGGUAUUCCAAUUGAGGAGAGCAAGGAGGAAAUGCUAUCUCUGCAUCGGUUCGAUCGAAGGAACAAUCAGGAUAUAUCGGAUUGGGCAAACAAACACCGUGCGUGGAUAGAAAUUUGGAAUCAAAGAGACACGUUAGUGCAAUCAGAGAAUAGACCUCACAAUCAGUCAGCAUAUCAGAAGUAUCAAGUGUGGUAUGCGGAUCGUUACCGGUUAAAGCUGAAGCCAGGUUGGACUCACGAGGAGUGGUCGGAGUUGGUGUCUGAAGACCCGGAGACUGCAGAAGGUUAUCAUACCUUCAACACGGCUGUGAGAGACACCAGAGGGGCUCAUGUUGACUACGCACCGAUGCAUGACGAAAUGGGCAGAGAGUUGCUUCUGUGCGUCAACGAUGCCAAUGUUGCACUGAGUCAUCCACCUGGUGGUGCAUUAUCUGAGAGGACUCUUAGGAGCACGAUGGAGAAGUUCAAGAAGCGGUUCCAUAAGAUGGCAGCUAUGCUUUCUUGCCAUGGUGCUCAGUCCAGUGACGUGUAUGCACCAGGUAGCCGCGCCGCCAGAGCUAAUAAACGGCGUUAUGUCCAGAACGAAGAGGACAUAGAGGAGGAGGUCAAUGAAGAGGAGCCAGCACAUCAAGAGGAGCCAACACAUCAUGAUGAGCAUGAGUAUGAUGCAACACAUCAAGAGGAUCAUGAGUAUGAUGUUGAUGCUCCACAACCAUCACAGGUUACACAACCGACACAAGGCAAUGCCCGCUCUAAAAAAGGCAAAGCACCGAGUCUUCAGUUUCACCUCAAAUGCAGCACCACCAUAUUGUCUACCAUCUCGUGUUGUGCCACCUGGCUCAUCAAUUUGAUAGAUCAUUUCAAGUCUAUCAAAUACGAUAACUUGUUGUCGUGA